GGCUACUGAUGUGUGGGAUAUUCUGUUGGAUAAUCGUAAAUGAGGAAGACAAUAAAGGCUAUGACGAGACUAAAAGGAGUAUUCUUCGUUUAGUAAGACGACGUGGUCCGGAUGGUUUUGAAAGCAGCGUACAUAAAAUUAACUGCAAGUCAAGUUGUUUACCGCACAAACUAGCUUCUUCUUGCGAAGAAAGCAACAAGCAGGAAAAGGCCACUUGUGAUACCGGUGAUGAAUUCUUCGUACGUUUGGAAAUGGCUGCUAGUGUUCUUCAUCUGCGCGGAAAGUUUACUUCUCAACCAUUGAAAGAUGACAUGGGCAAUGCGUUGCUAUGGAACGGAGAGAUAUUCGGUGGUGUUGAGGUGAGAGAUAUGGACAAUGACACAGAAGUUCUUCUGAAAGCACUUGGAGAUUGUGUUAGCAGUGCUGAUAUUUUAGCUGUCAUGUCACGUGUGCAGGGGCCUUGGGCUUUUGUAUAUUAUCAGGCAAAACACAGAUUACUGUGGUUUGGCCGGGACUUUUAUGGUCGACGUAGUCUACUCUGGCAUCUUCCACGUCACCCAUUGGACUUGUUUGCAUUGUCUUCGAUAGCUACAAGAACUGGAAAGCUGACUAAGUGGUUGGAAGUUCCCGUAGGAAUCUAUUCUCUUAAUUUGGCAUCAUUGCUGACAGACAAAGUUCACAUUACUUAUUACUGUUGGAGAUAUGAAUAUCAAGUGUUUAGACAUAAUGAGGAACCUUUACAACAGUUUGAAACACUGCCAGCUGAAUGUCAACAGUACAUUUCUUUUACACUUUCUGCCAUUUCAGUAGCUCCUCCAGUUUCACCAUUCAAUGCUAGUUUGACUUCAGUGACAGUAACUUUGCACAGUGAAUGCCAUGUUCACCAAUCAAUCAUCUGUAGUCAAUACCCAGAUGGCUCAUUACAUUCUGGUGUGAGAAGACAAUUAGCAGAGACAUUUCUUAAUCUUCUUGAAAAAGCAGUUGGGAAACGUGUUACAAACAUUCCAUCAUUAGGUGAUGUAGCGUCACAAAGACUUCUGGACAUAGACAGGAAAGACAGAAGAGUUCUCACUACAAACCAUUUGGGCCAUAGUACACAGAUAAUGGGAAAUGCUAAAGUAGGUGUUUUGUUUUCUGGUGGAGUCGACUCUAUUGUUCUUGCAGCUAUUGCUGACAGAUGUGUAGUCAAAGAUGACGAGAUUGAUCUGUUGAAUGUUGCUUUUGAACAAAAAGACAAAAGGUUAAGGCAGUGUGAUGUAAGGAAGCCACACGAGAGUGAUGGUAGGUUCUUAUUGGAAAGUGAUUUUGAUGUGCCGGAUCGCUUAACAGGACUUUCAGGAUUACAAGAGUUGAAAAAAUUAAAUUGUGAAAGGACUUGGAACUUUGUGCAGAUUAAUGUUAGAGCUGAAGAGCUGGAAAGAGACAGGGACAAUCAUAUUGGUGAUCUGGUCUAUCCUCAUACAACAGUCUUGGAUGACAGCAUAGGAUGUGCCUUGUGGUUUGCAGCAGGAGGGAAAGGAUUGCUGAACACUGCUGACUCGUCCUCUUGUUCUUAUCUGAGUCAAGCAAAGGUUCUUCUAGUUGGCAUGGGAGCAGAUGAGCAAUUAGGUGGAUACUCACGGCAUAGACAAGCCUUUCAACUUCAUGCUUGGCGUGGUUUGUUGGAUGAAAUUCAUCUCGAUGUCAAUCGAAUUUCGCAAAGAAAUUUAGGAAGAGAUGAUAGAUGCAUCUCGGACCAUGGCAGAGAGACACGUUUACCGUACUUGGAUGAAGACGUUGCUAGCUUUCUGAACUCACUUCCAGUCUGGUGCAAGGCUGAUCCCCGUCUACCUCGUGGUGAGGGAGAAAAGAUUUUAUUGCGAGAUGUUGCUCGUUUAAUAGGACUAGAUGGUUCAGCCACAUGUCCAAAACGAGCUAUUCAGUUUGGUUCAAGAAUAGCUAAACUUCAAGGUUCAGGAAUCAAAGGCUCUGACGUUUCCAGCCAUUUACAAAUAUAGAAUUAGUUGACACGUACAAUUAAUGCUCAUCCUGUGCAGUUUGGAUGAAAGUGUGAAAAUCAGGAAGGAUAGGCAUGUGUAAGUAUAAAGAUAACUACCUUCUUAUUGGUUUGUAA